AUGAAAAGGCAUACUCCUAGUAAGCUCCAGCUCGCUGCCAAGGUUAUUGUUGCUAUUGAGAACUCCCAGGACAUGAUUGUCCAGUCUGCAAGGCCUUAUGGUCAGAGAGCGGUUCUUAAGUUUCCUCAGUACACUAGUGCUCAUGCCAUUGCUAGAAGACUUAUGAAUGAACUAAGUUGUUCAUGUUCAAGAAGAAGCCAACGUGAUGGUGACCUAAACCCAAAAACUGGGAAUGAGGAACCCAACACAAAUGCUGGCGGUUCUACGCCUGUGAGUGAGGGUGCCUAUGACCCCACAAGAUACAUAUCGUUGGUCGACUUGGAAAAUCUUCAACUCCGGUGA